UCGAGUAAAUUGGAUGUAUAAAAAAACUCAGCCGAAUAAAUGAAAUCGGUCAGUUCGAUGUUAUAUCAGUAAGACGCCGACGAGAAUCGUAUGGACAUGGUUUCGAGCUUUUCUAGCCUUCCACUCCUCCUUUUUGCAAUUACCACUGUGGGCAUCAAGGACGCCAGUACUGCCAGUACCGUUGAGUCGGUCGUGAAAAGAGCGGCGACGAGCAUCGGCCACCAGCAGACGGUGCCAGUAGGUUAUGACGGGCCGUCGGAUCUUCUGAUGGAGGAGAUCCUCCUGGAGAGUUUCGUGAACUCGGCGUCGAUGGCCGGCCUCGACGCCCUACUGGAUCCGAGUACCUUGUCCAUACCGGAGUGGGACGUCGGCUUUUACCUGUACACCCGGCAAAAUCCGAGCGAACCGGCCGUACUGAGUGUCAGCGAGCCCAGUGGCCUGAACCGUUCGUACUUUGACGCAACGAUGCCGACGAAAAUCCUUAUUCACGGCUGGACGGAUUCGGGCAGCAGCUCCUGGAUGCACGACAUGCGCAGGAACUACCUCGACGCCGCCGACUACAACGUCAUCCUCGUCGAUUGGUCCUCCGGCUCUUUCAAGGAGUACUUGGUUGCUGCCAGGCUCACAAAACUGGUGGGUGACUACGUGGCCCGCUUCGUGGAGCUUGUGCUCGCGUCAGAGGGUGGCGCGAGCCUCGAGAGUAUCCACAUUCUCGGUCACAGUCUCGGGGCACACGUGGCUGGCUCCGCAGGGCGUGCGCUGUCGGGGAAACUCGGCCGUAUCACGGGACUGGACCCAGCGCGGCCGGACUUCGAGGUGCCUCUGCUGCGCGAGCCCAAAGACCGGCUGGACCCGAGCGACGCGAUUUACGUCGACGUGAUCCACACGUGCGCCGGCACCGCUGGCUUCGUCAGGCCGAUCGGGCAUGCAGAUUUUUACCCCAACGGGGGCAGCUUCCGACAGCCCGGGUGCCCUGUCCUCUCGACGCAGUACUGCAGCCACGGGAGGUCGCACCAAUUCAUGAGCGAAUCCAUAACAAACCCCGUGGGCUUCCCUGCCGUCGAGUGCUACGGCUGGAAAGAGUUCAAGGCCAACUGGUGCGACAGAAGCGACGGGCGUGCCGUGCACUACAUGGGCGAGCACGUGGACAAAGAGUCAAGGGGCGUUUUUUUCCUCGAAACCAACGCCGAACCGCCCUUUGGACGCCCCGAACUCUGAUAUCAUUCAUAUAUUCAUCCAAGUAUACAUGGGAUAUGCAGCGGAGUUUGUAUUGUAUACGUAUAAUCACCUUUAGAUACUUAGAGUAAACUUUUUUUUUUUUUUUUUUUUCAAAUGAUACAUAUAUUUGGUAUUCACAAAAUCGAUUAGCAUAUAGAUCAAGUACUUACAAGGUGUAUGUACAGCUCACGUGUUGUGGCUAAAUCUUGUAUUUUUUUUUAAGUUAUAAUCAUAGCAUUAUAAAUUUGACAAUAGAAAAUUGAAAAUAUCAUCGAG